AUGAAUAACAAUACAAAGAUACCAGUUGAGGUCAAUCCCGACGAGGAUACUGAAUGGAAUGAUAUUCUUCGUGACCAUGGGAUUAUCCCAGAAAAGCCACCCUCCCCUUCCGCCCAAUUGGAGGAGGCAUUGGAAGAAGCAGUUAGGAAGCAACAUGAAAAUAGGCUAGAAAAUAAGGAUAUAGAUGAACUAGAUGCACUAGAGGACAAAGAGGAUGAAGAGUUUCUCAAUUUCUACAAACAAAAGCGAAUGAAUGAGAUAAAGAAGUUGUCGGAGAAGAAAAAAUACGGGCUGGUCUUGCCAAUUAGCAAAAAUGAGUAUGAAGAUGAAGUUACUAAAGCGCCAAAAGGAACUACCGUAUUGGUUCAUUUGUCCCUCCAAUCAAGUUUACAAAGCAGGCUAUUGGGGUCGCUAUUGACCGAAGUUGCUAGAAAAUUUCCAGAACUAAAAGUCUGUGAUAUACCAGCUCAAAGGUGCAUUGAGAAUUAUCCCGAGUCUAAUUGUCCUACCCUUAUAGUAUACAAAGAUGGGAAUGUAUUAAAGCAGUAUGUGACGUUGACUCAAAUGGGUGGAAACGCUACGACAUUGAAGGAUAUAGAGAGGAUUUUAGUCGACCUUCACGCGGUGGGUGAUAGUGACAAAAGGCUUAUAAUCAACGAUGAGGACGAAGAUUCGCAGCAGGCGAGGUCAUUACGUUUCGCAAAGAAAUCAGUUAGAGGCAAAGGCGACAACGACGACGACGACGAUGAUGAUGACUUUUAUGAUUAA